AGAAAGAAAAAGGGGGCGGUGCAUCUCACUCCGGUCGCAUAAGGUUUCAUCAACCUCCGACUUUUCAAGCCACAUUAUGCCGCUUAGUGGGGUAUUCAUGUGGUACAUGUGCUUAGUGGUGGCAGUAACUUGGGCGAAGUACAUAAAAAUGUUACUUUCAUUACUUCAGCUCUUCGGUCUUCUGCCCCACCAUCAUUCCUUCACGUAAUUCUAUACAUUCAGACAUUUUACCUACCUGGGUAUACCGCCCACUUCCACCUCAUCGUUACAUACGCCGAUGCCUUGGAUACCCGCACUCCGGCCAUGAUAAACGCAGUUCUGGUCUUUAAUGGCCAGGGACAGCCCCGGCUGACCAAAUUCUACACUCAGCUGGAAACCAGUAUUCAGCAACGUCUGAUCUCCGAGAUAUUCACCCUAGUUUCGAACCGACCCGACGGCGCAUGUAACUUCCUCCCGCUUCCUCCUCUACUAGCCGCUUCAGGUACUUCGCACUCGGCCUCCGAGCCGCAUAACGAUGUGCCGUCGCUAGUAACAUACCGAAACUAUGCGACGCUCUACUUUAUCAUCAUAUCGACAUCCACGGAGUCGCCUCUUGCACUGUUAGAUCUGAUACAGGUGUACGUCGAGUCGCUGGAUAAGCUAUUCGAGAACGUGUGCGAGCUUGACCUUAUCUUCAACUUUGAGACCCUACAUGCCGCCUUGAGUGAGAUGAUCGUCGGUGGUGUUGUCAUCGAGACGAACCUCGACCGCAUAGUUUCUGGUGUUCGCGCUCAAGGUACUGUCGCCAAGCGUCCCGUCAACGAGACUAGAAGUACGGGGUUGGGUGCUGGCCUAGGUAUGGGUGGGAACUUCGUAUGGCCUGGCCGGUAAACCCCGCGCAUGGGUAGCCAGCUAUGUGAAUAUUAGGGCGUCUGGCGUUUCUUUGGGAU